AUGAGGAUUCACGAGAUCAUAGAACAGUGUGUCGAGUAUAUCGCAUAUGAUGGUACCAUAGGCUCUGACCCUAUACGCCUGAUUGAGCAUCUCAAAAAGGUCGACCCUUCUCUUGACAAUGACUACUUUACCCAUCUCUGGACGCUGCUAUGCGAUCAUCCCUCGAUACAAGUCGUCAUCACCAACGAGCCUAUCCUGCUACCCGGUGGUACAAACGAACUCGGCACUGCUCCACUGCCAGAAGGAUGGAUACCUCCUCAAGGUAUGCAAGCGAACGUGGAUAUAUCCACUCUAUAUCGAGAGGGUCUGAGGGGUCGACAAAUAGCUUUCAUGCUUGCAGGACAAGAGUUUCGUUCUGACAAACAAGCUGUACAGGACAAGCGAGACGCGGCGAAGAAAAGGGCAAUCAAGGCUAGGGGAGCAGCUUCCAAGAGGAGCAAGGAGGAAGCGGAAGAGGAGGAAAGUGACGGAGAGGUUAAAGUGGACCCGAGCGGCGCUGGAACAUUGCGAAUUGUACAUGUUGAUGAUGGACAAGAAGGUGACACAAUUGAACCUCUACCCAAAUCAGACUUGACAAGAUUGUGGGAGAAAUGGGGUGCAAGACUGAGAAUCAGAUGUACGGAAGAUGAGAUUUACUAUCGCUUGACUGGAUCACAUCAAAAAAUAAACAAGAUUACGUCCACCGUCUUUCACGUUCUGCAAAUUGCUGCAAUGUCAAGGGAGAAAGGUGUUACUGCCAUCGAUCUUGGGCCUCUUGUAGGUGCUAGUCAAGGCAGUAUGCAUUAUUACAUGAAAGUGCUCGUGCAGCUGGGUUUGUGUGCAAAAAUCCCAGCCAUCCUACAUGCCGCUGUCACCAACCUUCUCGUCUUUCACCGUUUCCUCGACCAGAAUUACAAUUAUAGAGCUUUAAUUGGUAAACCUCUGCCUGUGGCUCCGACCGAUACAGCAGGAAAGGGGUCCGCCGUCGACGCUGAAGAAAGACCAAACGAGCAGGAUUCCGAGGAUGAACAGGAAGACCCAUCUAACGAUCCCACCUCCCUUGAUGAUUUAGGGCUUGACUUCCCACCUCUCACGGAAGCGGACCUCAUGGCCGGUCACGUUGUUAAACAAAGGCUUUUGCAGAUACUGGACAGCUCUAAACUGAAAAAUCAUAUCCUGGGGACCAAGAAUCUACUCGAGCCACUGGGAUGGACCGAUGCCAUUGUAACGAGACAUAGAAGAUCCGUCAUACGACACAUUGAUGCUUUGGUACAUGAGGGUACGGUAGAACGUGUUUACAUUGGCGAGUCGAGGAAAAGCUGCAUUCGAUUGUCAAAGUAUAACACAGAGCCCGCCCAGGCCGGAGAGACAGCAGUCCCUGUAAACAAUGGUCCCGUGGAAAGUAUGGAGAGGGAUCAUGACUUAGAUGCUAUCAUCGAUUCCCCUGCAUACGCAACCCCUUUAAACCCCGACACGCUGAAUUUACCUUUGACCGUGACAUUCGAGCACUGGAUCAUUGAGCUUGUAGUAAGGUCUAAUCAGAACUCAGACGAGAACGCUAGAGGUAUGACCAUCAAUGCAAUAUGGCGAAAUUCGAAUUACAUGUACAAACGAUCCAUCGAUUUUGCGAUAUUGCGAUUUGACAAUGCUCAUGUCCCUGAACAUAUCUGGCCGUACAGUAUCUCCUCUUUCAUGGAGACUAUAGGAAAAGAACGUCGACUUCGUCUCUUUACGACUGCCGAAUUCCAGAGGAUCAUGCACCAAGAAGGUCAGGAAGUGCAAGGAUAUCCUGCAAUGCCUCAGCCCGAUACUGUUGGAGAUUUCGGAGACAUCUCUUUCAAACCUAUGUAUACCUCUGAAACUCAACUUGUCAAAUUCCUCGAUAAUGGCAAAUUCCUUAGUGGUGAAACGAGUCACAAACCUGUCAAAAAGAAAUCUCGACCUUUCAAAUCCUCGAAAUCUCAGAGGACGAGAAACAGCAACGCCUCAGAUGAAGGAGAAGGUCACGGGAACGUAGAGAACGAGUUCAAAUACUCUAGCAGUGUUCAAGUACGAGGCAGACCGAGAAAAUACAUUCACGUAGUUGAAGAGAAUGGCAAAAUAAAUCGAAGGAUUAUUGGUACCAUCUACUCUAGAGAUGACCUUCCCCAAGUUCUCGUAUAUCUCAAAGAGAGGAAUAUACUGGUAACCCCACCAGAUGGUUAUUCAGGACUUGGACCCCCUCCGCCUGCCAGCGAAGAAGCAAUCAAAGCAGGUCAUCCACCAGAGUUCUAUUACAAUUUCCCGGCCAAAGAUCUUGCUGCCUUUUCCGGUUUAACGAAUCGAAAGUCAAAGGCCAAGGACAAAGCUACAAGCAAGGUUAAAGGUAAAGGCAAAGGUAAAACCGGUACAAAGGUUGAUGACGCAAACGUUGAAAAGGGAACUCAGGAUAAGAAUAGCAAGACUAAGGAGAAAGGGAAAAGGGGGAAAAAGAGAUCCAAAGGAAGCACCAAUGGCAGUGGUGCCGAAGAAACCACCCCUUCCAAUAGAAAAUCCAAGCGACAGAAGAAGGAGGUGAAAUACGCAGAUGCAGCAGAUCAGGAUUUGGGCGAAGCAGAUGUUGUGAUCGUCGAGGUAGAAGGCGUUCAAGAGCAAAUCCCCUCGCAAGGACCAGUCUUGGCGUCGCCCUCUGCUGCGCUUUUGCGCAACGAAAGUACCACAGCCACCCACGAUGAUCCUCUCGAUGGCAGCUUCCCCCCCGCACCUUCCACUCUUGCUCCACUGGUAUCUCCAGAACCGGACGCAGUCACAAAUACGAUUGACGAGAAUGUCGUGACGAACGCAGAAUUCCAAGCUCCCUCAAUGGCGGGACCAUCAGCUGUACCCGUUACAGACCCUCCAUCAGGAUCAGCAGGUAUCUCUGUAUCAGCAAAGACGCCAGCGCGUUCGAAAUCGAGGAAGGUAAAGGAAUUAGCAAUCAAAGAAACAGCAGAAAUACCGAAACGUCCACGUCAAUCGCGGAAGACCAAAGCAGCGGCUGUGCCAUCCGAAGCCCCUCUCCCCACGUCUAUCCCACUUCUCCCCUCCUCCCCCAGACAGGUUGAUCCACAACACUCGGAAACCUCGCCUUCCACUCCUGGCUCGCGAUUUUUCCCCAUCGACGUACCCGAUGAGCCAUUCCUUAACAUGUCAAUGGAAGAUUCCAUCGGUACUGUCUUAGCUGAACUCUCACAAUCGGGUACACGCCCUCUUCCCCGUCCGGAUGCUGCUGCCAUUGCAUCCAACACCGCAUCUGCCAACGCUGGACCUGCGGCUGUGGCGGAUGGAAGCUUGUUAAAGGUGCAAACCAACAGUAAGAAACGAAAAGCUCCUCUGCAACAAACUCACAAUGAAACACCCACAAAAGCUCCAAAGCCGAAGAAAGGCAAGACUGGUACGCCCAAAUCCUCUGCAGCUGAAACUUUACACGCCAAAGAGUCCCAACGAGAAUCACUGUUUACCUUUCCAGAGACACCGCUCGAGGAAAUGCCCUUCGAGUUACCCGAAGAUAUUGUAGCGUCAACAAAGCCGGGCGAAGAGGUUUCGGCAGAUCACGCCAAUCACACAGGCGGGGGACCCGAAGCAGACAGCAACGCUCCGACUCCGACGCCUCUUGGGUCCCUCGGAGAGUCUCAAACGACUGGCAAGACGUCACCUCCUCCCGGUCCCGCUCGUGCAGACAAUACUCCUCUUCUGUCAGCUGUGAUGGAUGAUUGUGCGGCUAUGCCUCCACCUCCAGUCUUUGUCACACCUUCACGACCUACAAAUCGCCCAAAUUCUACGUUCACUCCCCAUUCGCGAUCUGCUACCCCUUUGAGGGAAGUGUCCGCUGCGUCCCACUCUCAAAACACUCCCAGCCGAUCAAGCCGAGCUGUCUCUAGCACACCUUCACAAGAGGUCAAGCAGCCGAUCCGUAAUAUCAGACUUCAUCAACUCAGUAACGGUACUCCGAAAGGUGGUCGGAUCGAUCUCGGGAGUCUGCGAAAAGCGAAUGAGAUCAUGCAAGUGCUCAAUCUCAAUGGUGGUGUGAUACUUGACACCAGACUCAUACACGAACAUCGGGAUUGGGCAAAUAAAUACGCCGGGACGGAUCACCCUUACGCACCUGCAAUUGCUUAUGGUAUGGAUCGAUUAGUAAUCAAGAAAACAGUCAAUACCCUUAUGAAUGAAGGCAGGUUGAAAGAAACCAUUGUUACCGUUCCAACCCCCACCGGCCGCUGGGUUCGGUCCAACGUCAUUUACCUCUCAGAUCUACCUCACGAACAGCUACAAGCUUAUAUUCGUCAGAUGUCCAAUAACGUGUCACAAGCAAUCACACCGACAUCCAAGAAAGACCGAAAAGAGAUUGCUAGUCUCCCGAGUACCCCUUUCACCGAGCUCAAGCGAUCAGCGACUAAACCAGUAGGCAAGAUCGUUGUCGACGCCACUCCCAAUCGCGGACAGGGCGUCGUAGAUGCACGACCUUUCUCGGAGAGGCGAACGGCUCUUCUCAAAGAAAUCAAGGUUAUCGGCCAGCUCUAUGGCUGGCGAGCAAACCGAUCUCUUCGAGUGCAAGUCCUUCAUCGAGCCAUAGUAAAAGCUCUCGCAAGCUCAAACUGUGGUUCAGUUGUUUCGAGUUCGCCUCGAAUCUUUGCUUUUCCGUUGUUGGCCGAAGAAAUUACUGCUGGAGAAUGGUUUGCCUGUUGUCUUGUUUUACGGUAUAACGAAGAGGUCGAAUACUGGCUGCGAGAUCCUGCCAAUCGAGCUAUGAAAGUCAAAGAUGUACCCAAACGAUUUCGGCCUCCAGGAGGCUUCGGCGGAUCGAACACAAAGCAAAAGAUGAAUACGUUACUGCUGAUUCUAAUGGCCCUCAAAAUCAUCUCGCCUGUGACGCCAGUCGAUAAAGACCAAGCUGAAUUCUUCGGCGACAACUCGGCGACGAAUGGCUACAAAACGGAUGAAAAUAUUGGAUCAUCAGUAUUUUACGUCCUACAUGAUCUUGUACCGGUUUAUCAUCUCGCCUCCGUGCCGCCACCGUUACUCGGUCUUCUUCCCGCUCGAACUGAAGCAGAUCUGGAUACACUCUGGUCUACCAUCAAACGAGCUUCUCUUGAACUUCAAGUGGAUGCACUGGGUCGAGUAGGAGGACAGACCAAACCCGGUUUCCCUCACACAGCUAAAAUAUCUGACAUUCUAGAGAUAUCAGCCGAAUAUGUGAAACUCUUCACAAGACCUAAAAGAUGGAGAGAAGAAUUCGACCUACUUCCCAUUCAGAAAGCAGCUCUCGACGAGAUAUUUGAUUGGCAAACUGGUCAAACCACUCUUACCACUUUGCGGGAACUUGAAGAUCUCGCCUAUGAAAAUGCGCUUCCAUUGCCUUUUAUCCAAAACGAGUUGAAGAGGAGAGCGGGGGUGGCGAAAGAUAGAUCUGUUAGAAUAGCAGAAAGGCUUAAAGAACAAGCCGUCAGAGCACAGGAGAGACAACAGAAGAUCCAAGACAAUGUGAGGCAGAAGCUUCGAGAAAGACAGGAAGAAGCUCGGAAAUCCUGGGAAGAAAAAGUCGCCGCUUCAGCUGCUAAGAAAGGCGUCAUGUUUGAUAUGCCCUUGCUGGUUUUCGUCAGUGGACAAACAUUACAAAAUGACGGGAUGAAAGGAAUUGGUAUCACUGAUCAAGUAAUUGAUCAUUGGGUCAUGAUUUGGGACCAAAUCAAACUUUUUCCCACAGCGGAAAGGGAGAGAUUUUUAGAGGAAAGAAGAAGGCUCAAUAUCGAAAGAAACAGAGCAGUUCGUCCUAAAACGUUUCGAACGACGAGGAAGGCCCCAAAGAAGAAACAAACAAAAGCAAAUUUAGUUGGUCCACAAAAACGAACCCGAUCCAAACGUAAAUGGAAUCAUGACGACGAUGAACUCAUGCUUGAUGCGGAGGCUAUUAUCAGAGCCAGAUCUAGAGAUAAUGGUUAUAAAGGUCGUGCAGCGAUGGAACAACUGUUCCCAGGUUUCUCAUCUCAAACGUUCCGAGCUAGAUUCAGGAAUAUCACUGUUCAACCUGGCAAACAGGCGUACUUUGAUAGACUGGAACAGGCUUGGUAUGAGAUAUGGAUUUCCAUAAGAGGUACAGACGAAUUACAAGAUGACAACCAAGAUAGCUCAAUCGAGUUUGAUUUGAAAAAUCAUGUCAAGGUUUUAAGAGAGAAAAUAGAUAAGAGACCGUUACGGCUCCUUGCAGCUUCUACGCCAAUCGAGGAGAAAGACCCUGCUCCUGAUCUUCUGGCAGACCCUUAUCAAAUUGCUGAAGAAUAUCAGUGGAUCAACGCUCCAACAGAACAGCAAACCUUUGAUCAAGUUGCGAACUCCCUAGCUGCGGAAGAGAUACGAAUCAAUCUUAUAGGUGGAAGAUCUUUACUAGAGGGAAAUGACUUGGAUGUUGAAAUCGAGCUUGAGACUAGAGAAAUGGGAAUCCUGCAGGCUGCUCUGAAGAUUAUCGUCGGUACACCUGAUUCUGUUUACGACGCCGAUCACGGAAAACGAUUGCUUGACAAUUGGCCGAACGAGGUUUACAAAUUUGCAUUCGAUGAUUUGUUAAAUAGGAAUAUCGUUAGGAAAAAUGUUUCCAGGACUUCUGGGAGAGGCUAUGAGUAUAGUACGGAGUGGAAUGCUCUCAAGGAAGGAUUCUUACCCUCCGAGUUGAAGCAAGAUUCACAGGGUCUCAUACCUAAAUUGGAACGUGAAGAAGGGAUCGAAUGGCCUUUGAUAGGAAAGUCCGGUGAAUUAGCUGCAUUGAUGGAUAUGGUUUCUAAUCACCAGGUCAACUUUGAUUUCGAUGUCAUCGAGUUCCCAACUGUCAAAUAUGAAAGGGGACAUUACAACACUCGAAAACUUGAUGAUGAUGCUUUCGAGUUCCCCAUACAAGUCAAGCGCCUCUAUCCUCUCAGCUCUCCGACCAUCAAACACGUUUUACCUGAUCUGAGAUCUUGUAAACCACUCACCCCAUGGAACGCACAUACCAAAACUGAUGCGGAAAUCAAGCGGACGCUGAAAAGAGUUUUGGAAGCCGUAACAGCAAUUGGUUCUGAUGGAAUAACCAAACCCGAAUUGGUUCAGGCGCUAGGAUGCUCAUCAAUUCAUCUCAGUCAAGUCCUAUCUGCUCUCACUGCCGAGAAUCAACAAGUAUUCUGGACAGGUUACGAUACCGCUCGUUUGGUUCUGAGGGAACAUUGGAGAUCGUGGACAAUCAUUGUCCGGCCUGCAGGAGAGGAAGAGGAUAUGGCUGUUAACCCACGAAGAUGGUGUGAUCUUUCUGGUAGACUCGUCAAAGAUGAUUUCGACGCGAUCGCUGAGAGUGUAAAAAGUUUGAUUGUCAUCAGACCAGGAAUUACUCAUAAAAUGAUAAGAGAGAAAUUCCUACUUGGUCUAGAUCGAUUAGAGUUGGUUGAAGUAUUAGAGCAUCUCUUGGAUGGAGGCAAAAUACGACGUGAUUGGUCAGAACAUGAUGGCGGCGAUCAGGGGGAAAGAAUCUUACCUCCUGUGGAAGCCACGGAUCAAAAAGAAGAAGAUGAAAUCGGAUUUGUCCCAAUCAUCACAGGGAUUUGGUGA